AUGGCCGCCCCGAUUGCGUCCGCCGUGGUCCUCCCAGACGACCUCGCCGUGCCCGCCUCGCCCGUGAACAGCCAGAAAAGACGCCACGAGUCCUUCUCCGAGGAUGCGGCAAAGCGACCGCGAAUCGGCGCUGACGGCGCUCCCACCGACAAGGAUAGGCGUGAUUCCACCUCGUCCAAGGACUCGAGGCCCGCCCCGGUGCGCCGCGAAAGGGGACGAGAGCGCAGGCUGUUUGGCGCCGUCCUGGGCGCUCUCUCACAGAAUACUGCUACCACAGCACAGAAACGCCGCUCGGAAAUCGAACAGAGACAGCUCGCCCAGCGCCGACAAGAAGACCACGAGAGCGAGCAGAGGAAGGCGGAGCGCAUAGCACGGCGCAAAGAGCAGCGAUGGAUAGAGCAGAGGCGCUUUGAGAGGCAAUCAAUGCGCGCUCGCCACGAGAACCUCCGCAACAUGGCCCACUUCCUCCAGACCAAGACCGAACCACGCCUGUACUACAAGCCCUGGGAAACGAGCCCCGAGGAAGACGAGUGCAUACAAGACCAAAUAGCCGAAGCCGAAGACAUCAUCAGGCAGGAAGUGGCUGAAUACGAGGCGCGCCAGCAACCGGAUAAUCAGCGGAAGCGGCACGCAUCCGAGCAAAUGAAUCGCGAUGCAGAGGGUUCCCAGAUUGGUAAGAGCCGUGAUGCAGAUGCACCUCACGACACAUCCACAUCCAAUGGCGCGACUAAUGGCAGCGCCCCUCAUACCAAGGACUCGCAGAUAGAGGACCAGCACCCUGACGACGACCCUGGGACCAAGGAAGCCAUGGAUGAGCACGCCACGGGGCAUAUGCAGGAUGGCAAGAUUGCAAGUCAUGCCACUGUUGCUGACGAGCCCAGCAAGGAUGACGACGACGACGAGAACGGAGAAGACAUAGUAGAGGAGGCGGCCGAAGAUACCGUCAUUUACUGA